UGUGGGGCCGGCCGCCCACGGUUGUCCAUUCUGCCCAUCCGCUCUCUCCUGGCGCCGCAGCUGCCGGUCGGGUGCGCUCCCGCCGCUGGAGCUCACGGCCGCCGACGGCAUGGUUCCUUUCUGCCUCAAUUGUUCCAUCUUCCCUGGAGAUGUGUCCCCCAGGGGUGCAAGGAGCCCGGUGCUCUGCAAUGGCAGUGGGGCGCGGGAGCCCUUUGAACCUGAGGAUUUGAACCUGACUGAUCAGGAGCUGAGACUCAAGUAUCUGGGGCCCCAGAAGACGGAUCUGUUACUACCCAUUUGUGUCACGUACCUGUUGAUCUUUGUGGUGGGCACCGUGGGCAACGGGCUAACCUGCAUGGUCAUCCUUUGCUACAAGGCCAUGCGCACGCCCACCCACUACUACCUUUUCAGCCUGGCCGUAUCAGACCUGCUGGUGCUGCUCCUAGGCAUGCCCCUGGAGCUCUAUGAGAAGUGGUGUAACUACCCCUUCCUGCUGGGCGCUGGUGGCUGCUACUUCCGCACACUGCUCUUUGAGACAGUCUGCCUGGCCUCUGUGCUCAAUGUCACUGCCCUGAGUGUGGAGCGCUACAUGGCCGUGGUGCACCCACUGCAGGCCAGGUCUGUGAUGACCCAAGCCCAUGUUCGCCGGGUGCUCGGGGCUAUUUGGAGCCUUGCUGUGCUCUGCUCUCUGCCCAACACCAGCCUGCAUGGCAUCAAGCUGCUGGAUGUGCCCUGCCGGGGUAUAGUGCCCGACUCGGCUAUGUGUAUGGUGGUCAGCUCAAGGGCCUCCUACAACCUACUCAUGCAGAUCACAGCUCUGCUCUUCUUCUGCCUGCCCAUGGCCAUCAUCAGCGUACUCUACCUGCUCAUCGGGCUGCAGCUGCGGAGUGAGAAGCUGCUGCUGCUAAGGCAGGGGAGCAAGAGCAGGGUCCAGCAACUACAGGAUAAGGGUCGGAUGCAGGUGACCAAGAUGCUGUUUGUGCUGGUCCUGGUGUUUGGCAUCUGCUGGGCCCCGUUCCAUAUCGACCGUCUCAUGUGGAGCUUCGUGUCGCACUGGACCGACUGCCUGAUGCUGGCCUAUUCGUACGUACAUGUCAUCUCUGGCGUCUUCUUCUACCUCAGCUCAGCUGUCAACCCCGUGCUCUACAGCCUCAUGUCCAGCCGCUUCCAGGACACCUUCCGGGAGGCCCUGUGCUUGGGAAGCUGGUGCCGUGGCCACCGACGACGUCACAGCUCCCGCAGCCUCAGCAGGGUGACCACGGGCAGCACCCUGUGUGACAUGGGCUACCUGGGCAGCAGGGCCCAUCCUCUGGCUGAGGGCCCAGCUCAGGGACAGCAAGAGACUGACCCCUCUCUCCAUAGAGAAGCCCCAGAGCAGCUUCACCUGGAGGCACCAGAGGGCCACCUGCAGUCACACCUGCCCUCCUCUUCGGUGAUGUCUUCAUGCCCAGUCCCCGCUGCAGGCACCUCAGUGACUCCUGCCCCCACCAUGUCCUAGAAGGGAUAUAAGAUUACCCUCUAGGCCCCGAGGCCUCCACGUAAAGUCCUUCCCUGCAGGAACAUCACAGCCAGUGAACUGGCACAGCACACCUUCAUCACAGCCACCCUCCUGCCAGUUUCCAAAAUGUUUCCCCAAGGCUCUACCUUUCCUCCCAUUUUCUGUCCCUUUCUCGCUCAUGGCCUGCGCUGGGACCCUCCUCCUACCUGACCCCUCCCUGGCCCAGUCAGCUUAUUCUGUUCUGGGAUCUCUACUAGUGGCACUGUAGGGUGGCAGGGAUCCAGGCGAGACGUGGCCACCUUUGCUGUGUGGCAUUAAGCAUAUCACCUCACCUUUCCAGGCCUUGAUCCCCUCCCUGCCUGCAAAAUGAAAGGGGCCCCGAUGUUCAAGUGCCACCUUCUGCCUCUUUAGCUACAUUUUCUGCGAGUGUGCGUAAGUCACUGCUGUAGUGAAACCCACUGACACCCUCAGAUUACCAAGGCGGAAAUUAAAGUCUCCAGUACACCCUCACCACCCCACCCCUCUGCCUCCCUGACCUUCCUACGCACCACCUCCCAUGCCCCCUUCUGGUUGCACAACAAUGUGAACAUGCUCAAACAUUAUUCAACUGUAUGAUUAAAUGGUUAAGAUAAAUUUUGCUGUGUAUUUACCACAGUUUUAAAAAAUCUAAGAUAAGCAGAGAUUUUCAUUUAUUUUUUUAAAGCCCCACACAAGAGUCUGUAAUACUUAGUAAUCAUUCGAAUUAUUUCUCUCACUGUUUUUAAAACUCUUUUUUUUUUUUUUCUUAAGAAAUGAGAAAGAUGAGACCAGAUUUAAGGCAUUUUGAUCCUAGGAACAUUUACAUUCUUCUGACAGUCUAAACCUCUUCAGCACAGGCCUCACCCUCUUUCAAGUUCCUGCACAGGGCAGAGCAGGACAAUUGGGGCUGUUUAGGAACAGAUGUCAAAGCCAAUAUCCUGUAGAGCAGCGGUUCUCAACCUGUGGGUCGCGACCCCUUUGGGGGUCGAACGAUCCUUUCACAGGGGUCGCCUAAGACAUC